AUGGCAAACUCAACACAGGCCGACAGGGGCCUCCCCAGCGCAGAGCUCUGGGCCUCCCAUAACAGGAUGGUGAUGGAGCCACUCGACAGCAAUGACCCAGAGGUGCACAGCAUCAUCAAGAAGGAGAAGCAGCGGCAGAGGCUGGGGCUGGAGUUAAUCGCGUCGGAGAACUUUGCGAGCCGAGCGGUCCUGGAGGCCCUGGGAUCCUGCAUGAACAAUAAAUACUCCGAGGGCUACCCAGGACAGAGGUACUACGGUGGGACGGAGUUUGUAGAUGAGCUGGAAAGGCUGUGCCAGAAGCGAGCCCUCCAGGCAUACCGGCUUGACCCCCAGAAGUGGGGCGUCAAUGUCCAGCCCUACUCAGGGUCACCCGCGAACUUUGCGGUGUACACGGCCCUGGUGGAGCCCCACGGCAGGAUCAUGGGGCUGGACCUGCCCGAUGGGGGCCACCUCACCCAUGGGUUCAUGACAGACAAGAAGAAGAUCUCUGCCACCUCUGUCUUCUUCGAGUCCAUGCCCUACAAGGUCAACCCCAAGACCGGUUACAUCGACUAUGACCGACUGGAGGAGAACGCCCGCCUCUUCCACCCCAAGCUGAUCAUAGCAGGUGUCAGUUGCUACUCGCGCAACCUGGACUACGCCCGCAUGCGGAAGAUCGCCGAUGCCAACGGUGCCUAUCUCAUGGCCGAUAUGGCCCACAUCAGCGGGCUGGUGGCUGCCGGCGUGGUGCCCUCCCCCUUUGACCACUGCGACGUUGUCUCCACCACCACCCACAAGACCUUGCGGGGCUGCAGGGCCGGCAUGAUCUUCUACCGCAAAGGCACCCGCAGCGUGGACCCCAAGACGGGCAAGGAAACACUCUACAACCUGGAGAGCCUCAUCAACCAGGCAGUCUUCCCCGGGCUGCAGGGAGGCCCGCACAACCACGCCAUCGCAGGGAUCGCCGUGGCGCUGCGGCAGGCCAUGACGCCCGAGUUCAAGGCCUACCAGCAGCAGGUGGUCGCGAACUGCAAAGCGCUCUCGGCGGCGCUGAUGGAGCUGGGCUACGACAUCGUCACGGGAGGCUCCGACAACCACCUGAUUCUGCUGGACCUGCGCAGCAGAGGCACGGAUGGCGGCCGGGCCGAGCGGGUGCUGGAGAUCUGCUCCAUCGCCUGCAACAAGAACACAUGCCCCGGUGAUAUCAGCGCCCUGCGCCCCAGCGGCCUGCAGUACAUCCACAGAGGGAUCGAGUUGACGCUGCGCGUGCAGAAGGACAUGAGCCCCAAGGCGACACUGAAGGAAUUCAAGGAGAAACUGGAAGAGGAGAAAUACCGGGGGGAACUGAAGGCACUGAAGGAAGAGGUGGAGGCCUUCGCAGCGACCUUCCCGCUCCCGGGGCUGCCUGUCCUGUAA